ACAAUCUCGAACCAAUCUAUAAAACAAACGUAUUAAGUAUGUGCAUCGACAGAGAAGAACCAAACUACUUUGGUGCGGGGCCAGCUUUGCUCCCUACCAGCGUUCUUCAACAAGCUGGAAAAGAUCUCAUCAAUUAUAAUAACCUUGGCAUAGGUGCUGGUGAGAUUUCACACCGUUCAAAAGCUGGAGUUGGUAUUAUUGAGCAAACUAAAGCAUCCUUGAAAGAGCUUCUCAGUAUUCCAGAUACUCAUGAGGUAUUCUUUCUCCAAGGUGGAGGAACUACUGGGUUUUCUUCUAUCGUUACCAAUUUGACAGCUGCUCAUGUGAAGAAGCAUCAUAAAGCUGGUACCCCUUACUAUGUUAUCGAUGGUACCUGGUCAAAGAAGUCUUUUGAAGAGGCAGAGAGACUGGGUUUCAAUCCUAAGGUGAUUGUCAACUCCAAGGAAAUUGAUGGAAAAUUCGGAACUAUCCCACCAACUGAAAAGUGGAAUAUUCCAAAAGAUUUGAGUGAUGCUUCUUUUAUCUAUUACUGUGAUAAUGAGACUGUCAACGGUGUUGAGUUCAGAACAUUCCCAUUUGAAAAGUUUCCAGGUGUUGAAAUUGCUGCAGAUAUGUCGUCAAAUUUCUUGUCUAAACCAGUUGACGUCAGCAAAUACGGUCUUAUCUUUGCUGGUGCCCAAAAAAAUGUUGGUGUUUCGGGUAUUUCCAUUUACAUCAUCAAAAAAUCUCUCUUGGAUCAAGCUCCAGCAGAAGAGUUGAGAAAACUCGGUUUACAGGUUACUCCAAUUGCUUUUGACUAUCCAACUGUUGUUAAGAACAAUUCAGCCUAUAACACUAUUCCUACGUUUACUGUCCACAUUGUCAACUUGGUAUUGAAGGACUUAAUCGCUAAAGGCGGAUUGGCGGCGCAAGAAAAAGAAAACAUAGCUAAAUCAGACUUGUUGUACUCAACUUUGGACAAAUAUCCUUCAAUCUAUAAGUUGCCUGUUGAAAAAUCAGUAAGAUCAAGAAUGAAUAUUGUUUUCACUAUUGAAGGUUCUGGCUUGGAGGAUCAGUUUUUGAAAGAAGCUGAGCAGAGCAAACUUGAGGGCCUAAAAGGUCACAGAUCUGUCGGUGGUAUGAGAGCUUCACUUUACAAUGCAGUUACUUUGAAAAGCACCAAAUUAUUAUGCGAGUUGAUUGAAAGAUUUGCAAAAGAACACCAGUGAAGGCGUGGUAUAUAUAGAAAAUUACUAAUUAAUCUAAAAGCUUUCCAGGUAGAUAAUAUAGCAAUGAACAACUUUGUUCAUCUUCGACAUGACAGUUGAAAACACAACCAUCCUCGUAAAUAUACAUUUGUAGAGUAUCGCAUAACUCAAUA